ACUUGUCCGCGGGAAAGUUGAACACGCGUCUCGCCAUGUCCGUCACUUGAACUCGGCGCCUUUUUUCUCCAGCAUAUCCCGCGUCAACAACUCGAUGUCCGACGAGGGGGAGGAAAGCGAGCGUCGCUCGCAGCCUCCUUCGCCACCUUCGUGUCUCCCCGGAGGAUCGCCGUCGUGUCGGCGGCCCCUCGACCUCUUCUCCUCGGCCUCGCCGCUCCUGGAGGACUCGGAGCCGCCGUACCUGGCCUCCCCGGACUGCCUCCACUCGUCCCCGGAUAAGAGAGGACGGGGGGACUCCCCUGGCGCCGCGCCGCCAAAGUUCCGCCACUCCGCCGGGGACUCUCCGGUGAGUUGGCGCCAGCGUGCGCACCUCGACGUGGUGUGCGACCGCUACGAUGACGAGCCGCUGCCGGCCUGGAAGGGACGCAGCCCGGAGAGCGCCGGCAGCCUUCAGCACCGCGGACAGAGGGUGGAGGGAGCCUCCGAGUCCCCGGGCUGUGGGAACCACCAUGCGGAUGAGCACGUCGACCCCGACGUCAACUCGGACACACGGCAGGCGGUGGAGGCUAUGCACCGCCGCCACACCACGCUGAGGGAGAAGGGGCGUCGCCAGGCAGUGCGAGGCCCAGCCUACAUGUUCAACGAGCGCGGUUCGGCUCUCACUGCAGAAGAGGAACGCUUUAUGGACGCCGCCGAGUAUGGGAAUAUUCCUGUGGUGCGCAAAAUGCUGGAGGAAUCCAAAACCCUCAACUUCAACUGCGUGGACUACAUGGGCCAGAAUGCAUUGCAACUCGCCGUUGGAAAUGAGCAUCUGGAGGUGACCGAGCUGCUGCUGAAGAAGGAUGGGUUGGCGAGGAUCGGAGACGGUCUGCUUUUGGCUAUUUCCAAAGGGUACGUGCGCAUCGUGGAAGCCAUCCUCGGUCACCCUGCCUUCAGCGGCGGUCUGCGCCUGGCUUUGAGUCCUCUGGAGCAAGAGAUGCGCGAUGAUGACUUCUACGCUUACGACGAGGACGGGACACGUUUCUCGCACGACGUCACGCCCAUCAUUCUGGCUGCUCACUGCCAGGAGUACGAGGUAGUCCACAUUCUCUUGACCAAGGGCGCCCGCAUAGAGAGACCGCACGACUACUUCUGCAUGUGCUUAGAAUGUGUGGAGAAUCAGAAGAAGGACUCAUUUAGUCACUCGCGCUCCAGAAUGAACGCAUACAAAGGCCUGGCCAGUGCAGCUUACUUGUCACUCAGCAGUGAAGAUCCCGUGUUGACGGCCCUGGAGCUCAGCAACGAGCUGGCCAGACUUGCCAACAUUGAGACAGAGUUUAAGAACGACUACCGCAAGCUGUCCAUGCAGUGCAAAGACUUUGUGGUCGGCGUCUUGGACCUCUGUCGGAACACAGAGGAAGUGGAAGCCAUACUGAACGGCGACGUGGACCUGUGCCCGCCCAGCCCCUACAACCGACCCUGCCUCAGCCGCGUCAAACUGGCUAUCAAAUAUGAAGUGAAGAAGUUUGUCGCCCACCCUAACUGUCAACAGCAGCUGCUGACCAUUUGGUACGAGAACCUUCCCGGUUUGAGGCAGCAGUCCGUCGGGGUGAAAUGCUGGACUGUGCUGGGUGUUGCUGCGGGCCUGCCGUUCUUGGCUGUGGCCUACUGGAUCAUGCCAUGUAGCAAGCUCGGUCAAAUCCUGAGAAGCCCAUUCAUGAAGUUCGUGGCUCACGCGGUCUCCUUCACCAUCUUCCUGGGCCUUCUGGUUGUCAACGCCUCGGAUCGCUUCGAGGGGGUCAAGAACCUGCCCAACGAGACCAUCACGGACCACCCGCGACAGGUGUUCCGGGUCAAGACCACCCAGUUUUCCUGGACAGAGAUGUUGAUCAUGAAGUGGGUGUUGGGCAUGAUCUGGUCCGAGUGCAAGGAGAUCUGGAGCGACGGGCCCAGAGAGUACAUCAUGCACCUGUGGAACGUCCUGGACUUCGGCAUGCUGUCCAUCUUCGUGGCGUCCUUCACGGCGCGCUUCAUGGCCUUCCUCAAGGCGUCCAAAGCCCAGCAGUACGUGGACAUGCACGUGCCCGAUGAAGACCUCAGCAACGCCUCGCUGCCGGACGAGGUGGCCUAUUUUACUUUUGCCAGGAACAAGUGGCGGCCGUCCGACCCCCAGAUCAUCUCCGAGGGUCUGUACGCCAUCGCGGUGGUCCUGAGCUUCUCGCGCAUCGCCUACAUCCUCCCGGCCAAUGAGAGCUUCGGUCCCCUGCAGAUCUCGCUGGGUCGCACGGUCAAAGACAUCUUCAAGUUCAUGGUGAUCUUCAUCAUGGUGUUUGUGGCCUUCAUGAUCGGCAUGUUCAACCUGUACUCCUACUACCUGGGAGCCAAGUACAAUCCUGCCUUCACCACGUGAGUAACACCCUUCCAGUCCAUGUGUUUAGGAUAGAAUGUCCUCCAUCCUUCCAUUCAUCCAUUUUCUACCGCUUGUCCCUCUAUAGCGGAUCAUACAUACAUUUUUGCAA